AAAAACCAUGGGCGAGAACACAACGACUCGUGUGGAAACGCUACAUGCGUUUUGAAAUGGUCACGGGCCAUUGAAAUCGACCAAAUAAAAGUGAGACUGUGAGAGGCGAGAGUGCCGCCGGACUUCAACAACUACAACCUGUCCGAUUGGCAACUCCUUCGGAUCCGCCAUGGCUUCUGCGAUGAGAAUCGUUAUUGGUCUACUUACACUUGUCACUAUCGGAAUGAUUGCCGGAUCUUUGCUUCAAUUGGCAUUUAUUCGGAAUUUGGAAGAUUCAUAUGGCACUACAUUUCCUUCAUUAAGAAGAACACUUGGGAGUAAUCAGUUGCCUACAGCUGUAUCAGGUUGGGGGAAUGACAAAGAAGCUGCAAUUUUACGCAUUGGAUACGUCAAACCUGAAAUCAUUAGCUGGUCCCCACGAAUCAUUGUGUUCCAUAACUUUUUAAGCUCAGAGGAAUGUGAUUAUCUUAGAGCAUUAGCCAAGCCUCGUCUUCAGGUCUCAACUGUUGUGGAUGCAAAAACCGGAAAGGGAAUCAAGAGUAAUGUGAGGACUAGCUCUGGCAUGUUUUUGAACCAUGAAGAAAGGAAGUAUCCAAUGAUAAAGGCAAUUGAGAAACGGAUUUCUACAUAUUCUCAAGUUCCAGUUGAAAAUGGAGAGCUGAUUCAAGUGUUGAGGUAUGAACCAAAUCAGUUCUACAGACCCCACCAUGACUACUUCUCUGAUACGUUCAACUUAAAGCGUGGUGGUCAAAGGGUGGCGACAAUGUUGAUGUAUUUAACUGAUAAUGUUGAAGGAGGAGAAACUUUAUUUCCAAUGGCUGGCUCAGGUGAAUGCAGCUGUGGUGGAAAAAUGGUGAAGGGACUUUGUGUUAAACCGAAUAAAGGAGAUGCUGUCCUUUUCUGGAGCAUGGGACUUGAUGGGCAAUCGGACCCUGAUAGCAUUCAUGGUGGUUGUGAGGUCCUCGCAGGAGAAAAAUGGUCAGCAACAAAAUGGAUGAGACAGAGACACACUACUUGAAUUUAAAAAGUAAAAGUUAAAAGUACUUACAAAGUAUAGCAUCAAAAUUCUAAAUUAUCAAACUAUGUAUUAAAUUUAGUGUUAAAAUCAGACAAUUAAGGGAAGUUAUAUAUAUCACUUUUAUAAUUACAAAAUUCCCAUAAAAUAAUGGACCCGUAGGCUGUCAAAGUAAGGGAAAUUGGAUGACGAAUGAAUGGUAUAACAUUUUAAUCGAAUGAGUCAUGCUAAUGCUUGGUUGGUUUGUAAUUGUAGGAAUGGAAAUUCAUAUCAAUGUUUUAUAAUACUUUUAAAUCUACUCUCUGUAUUAUUCAGUUAUAUAUAAAAAAAAUAGACAUAAUUAAAGUUGGUUAAGACCCAAAUCAAAUUAUAACUAAAAAUGUUUUUCUCUAGUUAUUUUUAGAAAGUAGUGGUGUAAUAUGAUUGAACUUGUGGAAUCCUUUGAAUAGUUUUGGG